AUGGGAAGUGUUUGUAAGAAACAAGAUGACGAAAAUGAACUUAAUAGUUUAAUUCCAAAAAAGAAAGGAGACACCAUCACCAUAUCCUAAAACCAUGGAGGAGGGUCUCAGAUCAUCUAAAAAAAGAGAAGCACCGGAAAUAAGGGAGAUUAUGAACCAGAUGCUGUUGUGGAAAAAAUAGAAGUGGAAGUAUCUUUUACUAUAUGAUGAAAGCUUAAACGUAAUGAUAGAAAAAAGUUGGUUAAGGUUGAAGCUCGUUAGGAUCAAGAGGAAAUAGUAGAAAACAUCUAAAAAAGUAAUAAAAAGAAGUCGCCUUUUGAUUACUAACUUAUUUUGAAUUCAUUCACCACAAAUUCUCUAUUUCAAUCCCUUUCCCAAUAGGAACAGUAAACAAUAUUAAAAUAUUUCUUCAGGGAAGCUAUUUUAGAAUAGAUGUUUUAUUGCACUACAUCAGAUGGCCAAUUUGUAUUCCGACAGGGAGAUUUGAAGGCAAGCUCCUUUUUUCUAAUUGGUAUUAUUGCUCAAUAUUGAAGAACGUGGCUAGUGUCAGAUCAUAAUAGAUGGAGAAGUGAAGAAAGUAUUAAAACAAUCUGACUCAUUUGGAGAGAGAGCACUAUUAUACAAUGCUCCUAGAUCUGCAUCUGUGAGAGCAGUUGGGGAUUGUGCAUUUUGGGCUAUCGAUAGAAAUCUAUUUAGAAAAAUGAUUGAGGAUAUGAGAAUGCAUGAAUUUGAGGAGAAUAGACAAUUUGUAGAAAAUUUGAAAUCAUUUGGUAUAGUAUCCAAUAUAUCCAAUAGAAUUUUUAACUUUUGAUUAAAGAACAGCCAUCUCAAGUGUGUUGUUUACAGUGCAAUUCAAGAAAGGAGAGAUUAUAGUAUAACAAGAUGAAACAGCAACUUCAUUUUUCAUAAUUAAAAAGGGAUCAGUUUCAGUCAUUUAGAAUGACAAUGAGAUUAGAAAGAUGAAGAAAGGUGAGUCAUUUGGAGAGAUGGCUUUAUUCUAGAAUUCUAAACGAGGAGCCACAGUCAAAGCAGCCGAAGAAGAUGUGAGAUGUCUUGUGAUCACAAGAGAUGAAUUAACUAAAAUUUUAGGAGACAAAAUCUAAGUUAUUAUGUUCACAAAUAAAUAAUUAUGGGCUAUUCAAAAACAUUAAGUCUUAGGAUAAUUAACUGAACUCUAAAUCCAAAAAAUUGUGCAAAAUAUGAAUCAAUUCAAUUAUGAACAAGGAGCUGUAGUCUUUGAGGAAAAAGUGUAGAAAUUGGUGAUUGUUUUAAAAGGAGAACUAAUAUUUGUAAAUAUCUACGUUUAUACUUAAGGCAGACUGGGUCUAAAAUGAAAGCCGCUAGUGAAGGUUAAGUUUUUGGAGACGCUUACUUCAACAAGUAACAACUCAGUGACCCAGUCAUUGCCAAAGAUAAAUGCAUCCUAGCAGAGAUUGAUUUCAAAAGAUUUGAAGAAGUCAUCGGUGGUGCCUUAGAUCAAGUAAUUAAUAAAAAUUAAAAAAUCAGUGAAAAGUAAAUAGAACAAACUAAUUUUAUAAUAGACACAAGAAAUAAGAGAGUUAGAAACAUGAUUACUCUCAUCUUAAGCUAGAAGAAUUCAUUUCAUUAAAGAAAUUGGGAUAGGGAUAAUUUGGAAAUGUUUAUUUGGUCAAAAAUCCUAAGGACAAUCCUACACAUUUUUAUGCUUUGAAAUGCAUAUCCAAAGCAUAAAUUGUUGAUUAACAUCUAGAAAAACAUUUAGCAUAAGAAAAGCAAGUGUUGACAUCUGUGCAUCAUCCAUUCCUAAUGAGAUAUUAUUGCAGUUUCAAGGAUUCUAAUCAUGUAUUCUUCCUUGUAGAGUUCAUCAAAGGAAUGGAACUCUUUGAUGUAAUUAGAGACAUUGGUUUAUUGAGUGCUUUUGAUACUCAAUUCUACAUUGGGUCUCUCAUUCUAUGCAUAGAGUAUCUCAAUAAACAAAAGAUUGUUUACAGAGAUAUCAAACCUGAAAAUAUCAUGGUUGAUGAAAAAGGUUAUGUGAGACUAAUAGAUAUGGGAACGGCAAAGUUUCUAAACCAUAAAAGCGGCAGAACUUAUACUAUCAUUGGAACUCCUCAUUACAUGGCCCCAGAAAUCUUACAAGGUAAGGGUUACACUUUCCCUGUCGACAUCUGGUCAAUUGGUAUCUGUAUGUACGAGUUUAUGUGUGGAUAAGUUCCUUAUGCUGAAGAGGCUGAAGAUCCAUAUGAAAUCUAUGAGGAUAUCUAAAAGAAGCAAUUAUCUUAUCCUCAAUUUCUCAAAGAUAGGAAGGCUAAGAAGUUUAUGGAGUAAUUGCUUAAUAAAACACCUGAGUUGAGAUUGGGAGGGUCCUAUGCCAGUCUGAAGGCCAAUUCAUGGUUUGACUAAUUUGAUUGGGUACUUUUUAAUUGUAUUUUCAAAUAGGAUAAGCUGUAUGAUAAGGAAAUGAAGGCUCCUUAUAUGCCACCUUAAUAGAAGAUGCCAGCCACAGGUAAGGAUGUGUAAGGUACACCAAUAAUGAAAGAGCUCUAAAAUCUGAAUGCCCAAGUCUAUAAAAAGGAGAAAGCGAAAGAUCCUAACUGGGAUCAAGAAUAUUGAAGUAUUUUAUGCAC